AGUCCUGCUGAUAGGUUCAGGACCUUCUACGGCCCUGUCCAGCUCUACCAGAGUAACUCUGUCUCCUGGAAUCUCCUCCAUGCUGUUGAGACUGUGCUGGGAGACACAGUAAACUUUCAGGCAAUCACACGUAUUGAUGCGCCAUCCUGGAAGAGUUGGACGACCUGUGCAACCUCCGUGGGGUCCAGCAAGAUACCAACGAAGUGAAUAUUCAUCUGGAUAUUAAAUGGAUUUAAGUACACUGAAAGCAGCUAUAACAGAGGGUGCCAAAGCAAAGCAGUGGUCACCAAUGGCAGCCAAAGGGGGCAAACAGUGGUGGGAUCCAUAUGAAACAUCUCACAAAAGGCUGUUCGUCCACCAGCCGAGUUCAGCUGCAGAUAUUUUCCUGAAGCCACCAUCAACAUCAUUGAUAGACUCCUAUUCACAGUCUGGACCUUUUGGUUCAAGUGUAUACAGUAAGGACUUCAGCUGGAAGCCUGCCUGUAAACCUGAAUGCAUUCGCACAGGAACAGCCUCGGGGCAGAGGAGGAAUAACCCACAUCCCAGCAAGUCUUUCAUGAUGUGGAGGCUGCCAAGGGAUGCUGCAAGAAGCUCGGAGUACAUUUCAUUCCCUUUGAAACGUCUCCCUUCUGAGGGGGAGAUCCGCGAGGCUCUAACUGCACAGUACCGCUCCACCUACCAAUGUGACUUCAUGGGUGCACCUCCAGAGUACAAUGACACUGAAAAAGCAGCAGGGCGGCUUGCACCUCUGCACGACGGGCAUCGCGUAUCACUGUCUACUGACACUGAGAUGAGAGCCAGCUACCGCCGGCCAAACCAAAAACCUGAACUGCUGGCAAAUCCUUCUCACUAUAGCUGCAAAACAGGUCCAAAUGUGGCCUGCCGUGGUAUAGUUCCAGCUGUUGUAUCAAGAAACUUGCACGUUCAGCAGAAAGGAGCUAAUGUGACAACCUAUGACCAGUUUUUUGGAAAGCGAGUCAAUAAUAUGACAUCUGUGAUAAAGUCUCUGAUGCCCCAGGAGCUGCAGCAGUUACACAGAAUUUUACCUAAAAAGGAACAGGAGGCUUUAAAAGCAGUUGUGAGGGAAGAUGUCUGUCCAAACAAUGAGGAGAAAGUCGAUAAACUUCCAGAAACUGUGCGUGAUUCAGGCUUGCCAGAAUGGAGCUCAAGCUGGCCGGGACCUCGAUGAACUUUAUCACUUUAUA